GUUCCAUUGMACCAUGGGUAAUACUAAAAAAAUCCAAGAUGGCUGCUGCAGAUGUUCAGAAAUCUCUCAUCAAAUACCUGCCUUAUGCCGGCGGAGUUAGCUAUUCAGUCCUGGCAUUAAAUACCAUGGGAAUCAACCUACCAUUCCUGGGUGAUAAUGGCCGUCUGAUAGUAUUCAACAGUACUCUAGCCUUYUCCCAUGUAGGAUUYGGUGUUUACAUCUACAAUCGACCCAUUCUUGAUGUUAUUAAACCAUCGAAAACAAAACGUACUAUCUGGAGUAUUUUUGGCUCGUGGAUGAUGAAUCUAGGUUCUGUACUAUUCUGGGCAAUUGCUAAGGAGUUAGGGCCAUCUAAUAAAUUUGCAAGAGCGUUCAUCGGGCUAUCUGCUGGAGGUGUGUUCUUGUAYGUAGCUACUGACCUGACCAAUUCACUGGAUAAACUGAAAAGAAGUGAUUUCCCGAUAGAGGAAGACAGAGAUUCAGGAAACGAGGAUGAUGAAGAGUAAAUGUGACAAUUGUYURACAACUGCGCACUGUUCAAGUGCAGACACUAGAGCUUUGAUAAACUGUGUAAAAACACGAGACUUUCAGCUCUCAUCAUCAAGAUUUGAGAUAGUAAGUUAUAYAAUGGCAAAGACUGACUGGAUAUAGUAUACCAUUAGAAUAGACUUAGGGUCCUUAAGGCUGAUUUAGACGACGGCACAACUUUUGCCUACAAACAUCGCAUGCAACAUGCGUAAGUCGUCCUUGCAACAUAGCUACAACUGUCAUAGGGAUUUAAAACAAUUGCUCAAUAGCACCACGACAGUUGUAGCCAUGUUGUAAGGAUGACUUAAGCAGGUUGCAUGCGAUGGUUGUAGGCAAAUGUUGUGCCGUCUAAAUCGGCCUUUAGGAUGAUCAUUUUGGGUAUGAAUCUGCAGUAAUGUUGAUGAAUAUGAAGAGUAGAUUUCACAUGACCAUGCAAAAACCACAGCAGUCUCUCCAUAACUGUACUGUGCUGUAAUCAUGAUCUCGUCUAUCGAAGCAGACAAGGUUUUGUGAUUUUGCCAUGCAUUGUCCUUGCUGUUAGGUAGUCAUAUGAAUACUCCUAUUCAUUGUUCAGAAGUUCAUUUUACUGCCACAACCUGAAUGCUGUGGAUAUUUUUAGUCCUAUUCAGAUUAUUAAUCCCUGUUUUAAACAUUUGUUUUCUAAUAACUUUUUAAAUGAGAUUCACCAGUCAUUCUUGUUGUGGUAGUAAAAUAAUACAUCAUUGAAUGGCCUCCAUAUCUAGGGUGGAUCUAGCAAUUUUCAAAGAGAAGCACAAAAACCAUGCUAUUUUUAUUAUAAAUGGUGGAGACUAGCAGUUAACUAGUGUGAUCUGCGUCUGUGUUUCCAAAGAAACAGUUGUGUAAAACGAUAUAUUUUAACACCUCAUGAUUAACGUCUGAAAUGUCAGUGUGUUAUUUCACCUACUUUUUUAUGGUGUUAAAAUUGACUUUUUACACAACUAUUUUUCUUAUAGCUGGGGCUGCAAUUUAUAGUCUCACAAUGAGAACCUGUGCAAUAAGCAAAGCAUGUGAUGAUCAGAUUGAAAAAAAAAAGCGACAGAUGUUUAGAUAUAGUUUUAUUCCAAAAACACUUUAAAUUCACUGUUAAUAAGCUGAAUUGGAUAGAGGCAAGAUACCAAACUGAGAUGUCUAUACAGUAACGGAUCUAGAAGGAGAUGAAUCAAUCAAAAUACAAUGGUGAAUGUGAAGGUUUAGGGCUGUGGAAAAAAAGAAAUUUGGAUCUACCCUUACUAUAGAGUGGAAACGUUAAAUAUACCUUCUAUUAUCACUUCUAAGUAGUGUUGAUUUUAAAAUAGAAAACUAAGGAAUUUGAAAGUAUAUUGCUUGCAAC